AUGAAUGUGGGGCCAACUCAAACAAGAGAAGAUUUAAUAUUUGCACAAUUUUUAGCCGGAAAUGUUCCUGAAUUUAUGAGAAAUGCUAUUUCUGUCACAGUAACAGCUGGAAAUGAUACACUAAUAUAUUGGGUUCUUCCUGAUGUUCUUUCCGUAGGCACAAAUACAGAUUACUUAAGAACGCCACUCAAUCCAUUAACAGCAAGAAAAGUUGCAGAUCUGUUUGCUUGUGUUUUACCAACAAGGAAAAUGGCACAUCAAAUUUGGCAAGCAGCCACAGUUAAACUAUCUCCCAGUCCAAACGGUGCGCCAUACGAUGCGACUAUGAUGUCAACAGACAGAAUGAUAUUUCAUAAUAAAAAAAUUCAAACGGCACUUGCCAAUAAAGUUCCAGGUGAGCUGGUAGCUGGCCACAAAAAAGACGUAGUAAUUUCUGCUGGACUAUUAACUCAUCCAAAGAAUGUAGCUAUUGUGGGAUGGUGGUAUCCAUCAGGACAAAUAAUUCAACCAUUAAAUUAUGUAUCACAUGAUCAUUAUUAUAAAGAUUAUAGCCACGGCAUACGAUUAGUUAAUCGUAUUGUAGCAUUAAAUGGACAAUGGUAUGAUAUAUAUGAUGUAUUACGCAACACAGCACUCGCAACUUUAAUCAGUGACGAAGGUCCAUUUGAUGGCACACAAAUGUACACAUAA